UCGGAUAAUGACAUCAUGCUGGUGAAGCUAUCCCAACCGGCCCGUUUCGGUGCCUACGUGCAGCCCAUCCCCAUCUCCAAGAGCUGCCCUGUGGCAGGGACGAAGUGCCUGGUCUCUGGCUGGGGGAACAUGCUGACAUCUGGGGUUCAGUACGCGGAUGUCCUACAAUGUCUGAAUGUGCCCAUCCUCCCUGACUCUGCCUGCCGUGCCGCCUACCCCGGUGACAUCACCAAGAACAUGUUCUGUGCUGGCUACAUAGAAGGGGGCAAGGACUCUUGCCAGGGAGACUCCGGUGGGCCAGUGGUCUAUAAUGGAGAGCUGAUGGGGGUGGUGUCCUGGGGCAUCGGGUGUGCCCAGAAGAACUACCCUGGCGUCUAUGCCACAGUGUGUAACUACGUAUCCUGGAUUGAGGAGGUCAUCGCCAACAACUGACAUGCGCAACUGUAGAGUACCUCUCCUGGCAGAGAGGCUGUGUUCAGACCUCCCCAUCCCGCUUUGCCUGCUGCCUGGAUAAAUGUGAUUGAAACCUUCUCAGUAAAACAGGGGGGCUGCCGUGACACCAGGAAACCCAGUAGGGAAGACCCAAGAUGCUUAUGAGAGGAGCAUCAAAUGUGGCUAUGAAAUCCCAACUCAUCAAUAAAACUCAG